GGAUGCAGAUCAUGCUAAAAAUAAGAGCUGGACACAAUCGUGUUGCUUGAAAAGUAUAAACACCACUCAGAAGUACAUUACAGUUGUAGACUUCCGCAGAACGUCAUGGUCUGACAGCUGUGUUCGGAGGGACGCCAAACGUGACUCAGAAAGACGCCGUUUGGGGCUAUAGCCUCCUGAGCCUACAUCAACGGGGCAGAGGCGCCCUACACCGGACGCCAUUCUGGUGAGCGUAAACCAGUGAUUGUCCUAGCAUGUCUUCUACCUCUCCGGCUCUCACCCCUCUUUCCUGCCCCACUUGUCAUAUGUUUAGUCGGGAUCCCGCCUCAUUUAGUGGAGAUAAUGGUAGCUGUGUCAACUGUAGUCUGAUCUCUGACCUGUUAUCCAGGCUCGAACAGCUGGAAGCGCGUCUUAGCUCAAUGGAAGCUAAACCAGCUAGCCAUGUUGUUGUUACUUGGAGCGCUAGCCGCGCUAGUAAAGUUGACUUAGCUAGCAUUCCACCGCCUUCUCAGCAGUCGGAGAACCCCCAGGAUGAGUUUAUACAGGUUGGGAAGAAGCAGAGAGCUAAAUCAAGGCACGUAGAACACACGGAGCUCCCUGUGUGUAACAGGUUUUCUCCGCUCAGUAACGCACCAACUGAACCGAAAACCCUGGUCAUCGGCUCCUCCGAAGUCAGACACGUAAAGCUAAAGGGAGCUACAGUUAGAUGUUACCCGGGAGCCAGAGUUGGUGACAUCAAAGGAAAUCUCCGAAUGUUAGCCCAGAGUAAGGCGAGGUUCCGUCGGGUCGUAAUUCAUGCAGGGGGCAACGACGCCCGACGAAGACAAUCAGAGAUUCUUAAAUUAAACGUAGAAUCGGUGUGUAAACUGGCUAAAUCUGUGUCCGACACAGUAGUUUUCUCUGGUCCUCUCCCAAACAAAGUCAGUGAUGAAACGUACAGCCGCUUUUCAUCAUUUAACCGCUGGUUAGCUAAAUGGUGCCCAGAAAACGGCGUUAGCUAUGUGGAUAACUGGAGCAUGUUUUGGGGAAAGCCCGGUCUCAUGCGCAGAGAUGGCAUUCACCCCAGUUUGGACGGAGUGGCUCGUCUGUCCAGAAACAUUUCUGCUAGCUUUAGCCAUGCAGCCUGACAACUCAGAGAGGAGACCCGGGGAGAGAGCAGUAGUUUAAAACUCUCCCCUGAGCGGCCUUUAGCACCGAUGCUAACCCCAAACAGGGCUAGCCCAGCAGCUCCUAGUGUUAGCUUAUGUGCUGGAAGGCAAAUGAACGGAAUGAAUCACAGAAACAAAAAUUAUGAUGUCAUUAAAUGUGGGCUACUAAACAUUAGAUCAAUUUCCUCAAAGUCCCUGUUAGUUAAUGAAUUGAUUAAUGAUAAUAAACUUAACCUGCUAGCUCUAACAGAAACCUGGCUAAAACAGGAUGAUUAUGUUCGGCUGAAUGAAGCAACCCCCCCUAGCUAUAAUAACUAUCAGAAAUCCAGGAUUACUGGGAAAGGAGGUGGGUUAGCAGUAAUUUCAGAGUCAUCCUUACUCCUUAACAUUAAAGUUAAACACAUUUAUAAUUCAUUUGAGAGCAUUGUACUAUCUAUAAAUCACCCAAACAGAAAAACUCAAAAAGC